GUCCCACUCCAUCCCCUUCUUCCUCAUCAACCCCCCACAUAUCUGACUACUCCUCCUCUCCCUUCCCAUUCUCUCCAAUUCUCUCUUUCAUUUCCUCACUCCUCACUCCUUUUUUCUCAUUGCACCGCCCCUCCCCCCCACCCCAACCCCCACACAACAGAACAGAAAAAAAAAAAAAAAAAAAAACCAGUGCUAGCUACUGCUAGCUCUACUCAUCUCUAAUUUCAUGGAGAAGAUUGAGAGGGAAACCCAAGACUUCAUGAACGUGGAAUCCUUCUCUCAGCUGCCCUUUAUCCGGCCGGCUCCUCCGGUCAACAAAGAAAAGGGCAUUAGGCUCUUUGGCAUCGAAUUCGGGGCCGGCGUCGACACCAACCACGAGUCGGAAUCGGUCGACAACAAUGUGAGUGAGAACGGGAAAGAAGACGAGGGCAACAAGCACACCAACACAAACAUAAGCAACAGCAACAGCGAAAAUGGCAGCGAGAGCAGCCGCAGAUUCGAGUGCCAUUACUGCUGCAGGAACUUCCCGACCAGCCAAGCCCUCGGCGGCCACCAAAACGCACACAAAAGAGAGCGGCAGCACGCCAAACGCGAGCAUCUCCAGUCUGCUAUGGUGCAUGGAGGGCUGGUCUCCCACGACGCUGCACACGUGUACGGCUUGAUGAAUUACAGCCGCCUUGGCUCUGCUCAUCAUCACCAUCAUCAUCCCACCUAUCCGUCCUGGAACACUAACUACAGUUCUAGUACUACUACUACCAGUCCUAGGUUUUACGGAAGCCCCGGUGGAUCAUACGGCUCUCAAUCUGCUCCCAUAAACGGGAGUCCUUUGGGCUUGUGGCGGAUCCCAUCUGCUAACCCUAGUUUCAAUCGUGACCGUUCGUUGAUGAACCCACUGGUGACUCCGUUGUUCGCCGGAGAAGAACUGAAGCCGGUUGUUGUUGGUGGGUCUGGUAAUUCUCAAAGCCGGUACAUGUAUGAAUCGAGUGUGCAGCAAGACCAUGUGAGUCUGGAUCUUCAUCUGUAAUAAUUAAAUAUUCAAUCCAUCCAUCUUAGGGACAAAGGAUUUGAGAUUUCUCUCAUCAUGUUGAGAAUUAAUUUAAUUAUAUAUAUAAUAUAUAUAUAUAUCUUAAUCUUCUGGAAGUAAUGCAGACGAUGAGGCCAUCAACGGUUAGGAAAUCUUGGUAAUUAAUCAAAUAUAAUCUUUUGGUAUUAUGAUUCA